AUGAAACCUAUUUAUGAUUUAAAUAAACCAUAUGGAGUAAAUGCCAUGAAUGUUAAAAGUAUUAUUAAUAAUAGUGUAGAUAAUCCACAAGUAUCUAACACUAUUAUAGAAACUCAAAAAUUAAAUCCUAUUAAUAUUAAUUCUACUACAGCUAAAAUAACAGAAGAUUUAAAUAUUAAUACAAAUAAAGUAUAUUCUAAUACUCCUAUAAUAUAUUAUGCUUAUAAUAUUGAUAAUGAAUUUAAUCUUAAAUUAAGAUAUAAAUUUAAUAGUCAAAGUGAAGCAGCUAACUUUUUCAAUAUUAGUAGAAUAUCUAUAUCUAGAUAUUUACAAAAAAAUACUAUUUUCACUUUUAAUUCUGAAAAUUUCGUUUUAUUAAAUAAAAUGUUAUUCUCUGAAGCAGAAUUAAAUGAAUAUAAAAUUAUAUUUAAAAAUGCUUCUUUAAAUAAAGAAAAACAGAAAUUAUCUUAUGAAGAUAAACGUGAUCUUUAUUUAAAAACAUCUACAACUGCACAAAAAAUUUACGUUUAUGAUUUAAAUUAUAAUUUAAUUGAUUCUUAUUUAAGUCAAAAACAAGCAUCAUUAAAUCUUAAAAUACCUAGAUCCACUUUACAAAGGUAUUUAAAAUCAAAUAAAUCUAUUACUCUUGAUAAUAAAUUAACUGUUAUUAUUACUAAUUAUCCUAUUAUUACAUCCAAUAAUACUCCAAAUAUUUCUCAACAAAAUAUUAAUAGUAAUAGUUAUGAUAAUAUUAUUAACAUCGAUCAUAAUAUUAAUGAUGUUAUCAAUCAUAACAAUAUUAAAUUACCUAUUAAUUCUGAUAAUGUUAUUAUUUACAAUGAAAAUGAUAAAAAUAAUAUUAAUAAUUCUAUUAUUGAGAAUAAUAAUUCUAUUAUUGAGAAAAAUAAUUCUAUUAUUGAUAAUAAUAAUUUAAAUAAAGAUUCAAUUGUAGAAUCUAAAAUAAUUAGAAAAUCAAAUAAUGCAGUUAAAAUUUACAGUUAUGAUUCUAAUAAUAAUUUAAUCACUAAAUUUGAAUCUGUGACUAUUGCUUCACAAUUCUUUAAUGUUAGCAGACCUACAAUUAUGAGAUAUGUUAAAAGUAAAAAACCUUUAGUUAAAGAUAAUAUUCACUAUUAUUUAAGGGAUUUACCUUUAUAA